AUGUCUCUGAGUCACGCGGAUUUACUUAGCAUUUUGUUCUAUCUUAAUCUACCACCACAUUUUUUACAUGACUCAGAACAUGAGUGCAAUUCGCCUUAUCCCUUACGAGUGACUAAACGGAGCUAUUCGUCUGGCUCUCUAGUUGCUUCAGCACCCUCAUUUAGGUGGUGUGCAGACACAGCGGCGUUUCUGUACCGCUGUUCUGGUCUCUUAUAUUCGCCUUCGCACAUUCGAAGUGCUUUUGAACGCAUUUUUUUUGAGGACUGUGAUGGUAAACUGGAGCGUCUGCAAAGAAAGUGUCAGGAGCGGGCUGCCGCGUGGCGCAGGGAAGAGGAGGGAUUGCGACAACAGAGUGAGUAUUGCCAUGUGGCGUAUAGCAGCGACGCUGCAAAAGAGACUUCACUCGCACAGAAGUACUCGCUAUCUGAGAUGUCGAAUGGUGAUGAGUGUAGAUUUUCACCAGCGGCUGUGCUUUUAGAUACGGCUAAUGCCCCUCUUUCUACUAGCGACUACAUGAGCGACAAACUUUCAAAUAUUGAUGGUAGCCAUGAUAAUCAGGCAGAGGUGACUGUUGCAUUUGAGGACCCCACAUCACCUAGAAAACGGGAUAGGGCCUCUGAGGAGUUUACCGUAUCGUCUUUCUUAAAUAGCACUACAAGGGUGUUCAGUGGUGCGCGUCUGGACACCAUCGCGAAGAAGGUGGACGAGAUGCCUUCUAUGCCAUUUGGGGUGACAAUGCAUACACAAAUAUCCACUAUCGAAGGCAGUCGAUCUGUUGGCUGUGAAAUAUCCUCAGUAAGACAGUGCAAUGGUUCACUCGGAAUUGGUAAUGUCGGGGGAACUAUGGACGAGGUAAGAAGCUCUUGGCCUCCUGCCGCUGCGGCAAAUAUGACUCAUGUAAUUCCCCCGCAUCAACGAGUCGUGCAAAGAGAUACAAACCUCAGGAAGAAAGAUGUGGUAGGGUGCGAUGCCAGUGGUACCGACGACGACGAAGACGAAAUAUGGUCCUUUGCUGAUUACACACCUGAGCAGCGUGCACGACUGUAUCGCCUGCGAUACAAUACACUCCUUGGUCCUGAAGUUUUAUCAAAUAUUUUGCAGCAAUUCUUUCUUGUGGACGGUGCGGGUGUCUUUUUCUUACCAGUUCCUGAUCAAACCAUUAUGGAGUAUAAUGAGGUGCGCUCUGGACCCUAUUGCGAUGUUAUCUACGCGCCUCAGUCGCUUAUGCAAGUGAAGCGCGAGAUACUUGAGAGUCGGAGGCGGUACUACCAGUUAAAGCAGCCAUUGGGAUUGAAUUCCAUUCGACGACACGGCUCAGACAUCAGGCACACCAGGGUAAUAGAUCGCGCUUGGCAAGAAUUCGGGCAUGAAUCAAAGCUGGACUAUCCUCCUCAUGUGAAAAAUAUUCGAGAACCGAAGAUUGCCCAGCCAACACAACAUAAACAUCAUCAAAACAACGAUGUUAGUAAUGACGGUUGUGAAGCUAGGUACACACAGAAGAGUAACGCACCCUCACAAGUAUCCACAGAUAAGUUUAAGGUAACAAUUCAUAGUGCCAAAGACUACGACAACAACUCUGAUCUGUCUGUCUGGAGCCAUACUGAUCAAAUUCUUUCUAUAUCGGAACUUGAACGGGCAGUGUGGCAGAUUGCAGCAAAUUGCGUAAUGUUUAACGCUCCAGAAUCGUAUUAUCCAAACACUGCACGAAACUUCGCAAAAUCGUGCAGCAAGAUAUUGGCUCGGUGGUGUGAGGAACAUAUGCAGUGUUUCUAA